GACUCUCUGUCUGGGAGACUUUAGUCUCUCUGUACCAGAAGCUUUUGGUAUUUUAGCUCUCUCUCACCGUAGCAGACGGAACACAACCUAGUCUCUGUCUCUUUCGCUCCUAGGCCAGGACCCUCACAGGAUUCUACACCAAUAGCAUAAAAAAGCACUAAAGUGGCUCUAUAAACAUCCAAAAAAUGAGUAUUCUCAAGAAGAGUAUUCUCAAAGAGAAGAAGAUCAAAUUCGACGAUGUCGAGGAGAGUGCAACGCAGAACAGCUCGAUCGGGGCGGUACGAUGGGAACUGCCAGAAGACCUACAGACUCACAACUCGGCACCUAAACUACAAUUGAGCAGCAAACCAUCCAGACAAAAGGGCCUAAAGGACCUGCGUAGCCUGCAGGACUGUGUUAGAUUCAUCACACAGUGGAAACAACAGGUGGAGGUCGUCUGCAAGCGCAGUAAGAAUGUCAGAGUGGACCAGCAGAGCGAACAGAGUCUGGAACAGUGUCGUAAACUCAUCCUCCAAUGGGCAGAGGAGUUGAAGAGAGUGGACACAAGUCCCUGGAUACAGGAGAGAGGUGACCUCAUUGACCUGGAGAAGAACAGGGAGGAUCCGGAACCCUCCACACAGGCAGAGCAGAGGAUCAUGGAAUGGGCUAAGGAGCUGCAGAGUGUCACAGAGAGAUGUGGUCUGAUGAGGGAUGAGCUGACCCAGAUGCUGAGACAGCUGGAGUUGAAUAAGAAGAAGCUGGUGACUCUCCUCCCCUUCCUGGAGUUUAUCACCUGGUCUCUACUGAAGGAACAGGACAGCAGCACGGGUAUUAUUCCCCAGCUAUGGCUGGCUACGAAACAACGCACCUGGAAAACAGAAACACCUAAGUACAUCCCAAACUCAGUGUGGAACUGGAUCUGCAGUGCUUCGGUUGACAUUAACUUGGACCCUAUGACCAACCACCCAUGGCUGCUGCUCUCAGACGACCAUAAGAAGGUCCAGGAGGCUCACUGCACGACAGAGGCGGCCUUCAGCACACAGCGCUAUGACUGCUGGCCCUGUGUCCUGGGCUGGGAGGGCCUGUCCUCUGGACGUCACUACUGGGAGGUUACCCUGGCCAACAACGGAUACUGGAGGGUCGGUCUGACCACCGCCACGUCCAAACGCCACGGUCGCUUCCCUAUGACCCCCGCAGAAGGCUACUGGGCCCUGUGGCGCAGCACGAGGCAGUUCUACGCCUGCACCAAGAUCGAGACCUCCUUGCCCAUGGAGAUGCUGCCCCGCAAGGUGGGCAUCUUCCUGGACUACGAAGAGGGUCAAAUCUCCUUCUACAAUGCGGAGACCCGGGCACACAUCUAUACAUUCACGGAUAACUUCAAGGAGAAGCUGUAUCCUCUGUUUGCUCCACUGGAUGGACGCACCCUCAUCACCAUCUCAUCGCCGAAGUAUGUCACAGAUGUAGACUAGACCCCCCCCCCUACCUAAUCUUAGAACCUCAAACUCGUGUUAGAAGAGCCUACCCUCCACCCAUCAUAGUCCAGGGUGAGCAGGAACUGCCCCUAAGAAACUAACUCAAUGAAGAUUCUCAGGUUUAGGCUUAGGGUUGUUUCCCUCACACUGAUUAUGGUGUACAGCAACAUUGAUCCUGGAACCGUGACCUCAAAAUAUCUAUUAAGAGCCCUCCUAUUGCCUCCAUGGAUGAUACAUCUAGUAUCUAUGAAGUUUCUAGUAUCUAUUUAGUAUCUCUAUUGAACAAAAAUAAACACAACAUUCAACUCUUUCAAAGAUUUUGCUGAGUUACAGUUCACAUAAGGAAAUCAAUCCAUUUAAAUUCAUUAGGCCCCAUCUAUGGAUGCAGGGGCGCAGCCAUGGGGGAGCUAGGCCCAGCCAAUCAGAAUGAGAUUUUCCGAGCCUCCCAAGUGGCGCAGCAGUCUAAGGCGUCGUCACUACAUAUCCGGGUUCAAUAUCGGGCUGUGCCGCAGCCGGCCCGCGGGUCCCAAGACGCAGCGCACAAUUGGCCCAGCAUCGUCCGGGUUAGGGGAGGGUUUGGCCAGCAGGGAUGUCCUUGUCUCCAUCGCGCUCUAGCGACUCCUGGGGCAGUCCG